AUGCGCGGGGAGCGGCUGGGGAGCUGGGUGGUGUCCUACACCGGGAUGUCGGCCGACAACAUCAAGGGCCUGCUGCUCGCGGUCUCCUCCAGCCUCUUCAUCGGGGCCAGCUUCAUCGUCAAGAAGAAGGGCCUCAAGAAGGCCGGCGCCUCCGGCGUCCGCGCAGGUGUUGGUGGCUACUCUUACCUGCUUGAGCCACUGUGGUGGAUAGGACUGAUAACAAUGGUUGUUGGGGAAAUCGCUAACUUUGCUGCGUACGCUUUUGCCCCUGCUAUCUUGGUCACUCCACUUGGCGCACUUAGCAUAAUUAUUAGUGCUGUUCUUGCACGUAUCAUUUUGCGGGAGAAGCUGCACAUGUUUGGUGUACUCGGGUGUAUUCUUUGUGUUGUGGGUUCGACAACAAUUGUGCUACAUGCCCCUGCGGAACGUGAAAUUGAGUCUGUGGCAGAAGUAUGGGAUCUUGCUACCGAACCAGGAUUUCUACUUUAUGCAGCCAUUGUGCUCACAGCAGCUUUCGUGCUCAUAUUCCAUUUUGUCCCACAGUAUGGUCAGACACAUAUUAUGGUGUAUAUUGGUAUCUGUUCUCUUUUUGGGUCUCUGUCGGUCAUGAGUGUCAAAGCUCUUGGGAUAGCCUUGAAGCUGACGUUUGCAGGGAUGAAUCAGCUAGUCUAUCCACAAACAUGGUUCUUCACACUUGUUGUGGUUGCAUGCAUAGUAACACAGAUGAACUAUCUGAACAAGGCCCUUGACACAUUCAAUACUGCAGUUGUUUCGCCCAUUUAUUAUACAAUGUUUACUUCGUUGACCAUUUUGGCUAGUGUAAUAAUGUUCAAGGACUGGGAUCGUCAAAAUCCGACUCAAAUUGUCACGGAAAUGUGUGGUUUUGUUACUAUCCUUUCUGGGACGUUUCUGCUUCACAAGACAAAAGACAUGGUGGAUGGUCUCCAACAGAAUUUACCUAUCCGAAUUCCGAAACACGCGGACGAGGAUGCGUAUGAAUCUGAAGGAAUUCCUCUCAGGUCUGCUGCUGAUGGGAUUCCUCUCAGGUCACCCCGGGGCGCCGAAGGAAUUCCUCUCAGGUCUGCCGCCGAUGGCAUUCCGCUCAGGUCAUCAUCGAGGGGCGCAGAAUCGUUCCGCUCGACAUCAUGA